GGUGCGGGAAGAUGGGGCAAGCGAACGGUCUGAACCGAGAAGUGCGGGUUGUACGCAUUAUGGGUUGAACAUACUGCAACAAAAGCGAGCUGUGUUCCUUACACCCAUAGAAGAUAAGAUUUUACGCAAUCACUUCCAACUAUCGUGUACCACUAACUCGACCUCGCGCGACUCGCCAUCCGCCAUGGCAGCGUCGCAUCGCCUCGCCAUUCUCCUCGCAGCGUUCGCACUCUCGCUUUCCUCAGCGUCCUCGGCUGCCGUGACGCUCAACCCCUCGCAAGCGGCAGUGCUGGCCGAGUGUCAGAGGCAGUGGCAGUCGCAGCUGCGCGGAUGGAGCAAGGGGGGGGAUUGCGCCCAGAUGGAGGGCGUGCGCUGCAAUGCCGCUGGCUUCAUUGUCUCCAUGAAUGUCAGCAAUCGUGUGUUAGCCAGCCCCAUUCCAGAUGCCAUUGGGAACCUCACAACACUCAUGCACCUGACACUUGGCAAUGAUUCGAUCAAGGGCUCAAUCCCUUUGUCCAUCUUCCGCCUCACCAAUCUCGUCUUGUUCGAUCUCAAUUACAACUCGCUGGCAGGCUCCAUCCCAGCAGGCAUUGGUCACCUUGCAGCCCUUUCAUACCUGGACCUAAGCCGUAACUACAACAUAACGGGGUCCAUUCCCCUAGAGUUGGAAAGCCUCACAAACCUCAGAUUUCUACAUCUUGGCCUCAUGGCUUUAACAGGCCCCUUUCCAUCCUGGAUAUCUGGUCGCACCAUGCUCAAUGUAAUAAACUUUGCUUACAACCUCGUCACCGGAAGCAUACCAGCAUCCAUUGGCAGCACCAUCAACCUCAAAGUCUUCAAUGUGUGGCGCAACAACCUCACAGGCAGCAUUCCAGAGUCCAUCGGCAGCCUCACCAAGCUCAGCAGACUGGAUUUUUCUGAUAACUCGCUUGUUGGUACCAUCCCCGAAGGCAUUGGCAACAUGAAGUAUAUUACUAAAUUGGACUUUUCUCGCAACCAAUUGACCGGAACUAUUCCCACCAGCCUGUCCCGACUUUCUGACCUGCAAACUUUGUUUCUAAGUGGCAACAUGUUUAGUGGGUCAUUCCCCGCCUGGAUUACUGGAUUGCCUAACAUUACAACACUUGACCUUAGUGGGAACCAGUUCUCAGGGCCCCUACCAACUGCUCUUGGUGCUCUGAAAGGACUCACCAAGCUUUCCCUUGGUGGGAACAUAUUCUCGGGGCCUCUACCUGCUGCUCUUGGUAGCUUAAUUGGAAUCAAGUAUCUUGGCCUUGGAGGGAACCAAUUCUCAGGGCCUUUACCUGCUGCUCUUGGUAGUUUGAAAGGACUGACUUAUUUGUGAGUGUUGUAAUGACCUCUGCAUACCCUGUGUUAAUCCUUUGU